GGGCAAAAGCAGGCCAUCCAAUCCAAUGAAUUAAUAAAAGAGAGAAACAUGAAUAGCCAUUUAAAACCAGAGGUAAGAGCCAAAGGCAGCAUUGGCAAAGAAUAAGCUGAAACUUCUCCACUCCAAAAAUAUUCAAACAAGCAAAGAAAAGAAUUCACACUUCCCUUUAGCCUCAUUUCUUCUCUCUAUAUCUCUUCUCUUCCUCUCAGUUUGGAAUUCCUCAGACUCUCUCUCUCUCUCUCUCUCUCUCUCUCUCUGUGUUCAUUUUAGCAGGAUAGCCAUGAUCCAUUUUUUUCUUCUAUUUUCUCUAGCUUUCUCAGAUUAUGGUUUUAUACAGGGAGUCGCAUCUCUUGGGAUCAACUACGGGCAGGUGGGCAACAAUUUGCCAGCGCCAGAGAAAGUUCUAGAACUCUUAACCUCCCUUAAGAUCACCAAAGCAAGAAUCUACGAUACCAAUCCUCAAGUUCUAACAGCAUUUGCCAGCUCCAACAUUGAGCUUAUUGUCACUGUAGAAAACCAAAUGCUAUCUGUUUUAAUGGACCCUCAACAAGCCCUUCAAUGGGUUAGUACCCAAAUCAAGCCAUAUGUCCCGGCCACAAGAAUCACCGGAAUCGCGGUAGGAAAUGAGGUCUUCACCGAUGAUGACACAACAUUGUUAACAUAUUUAGUUCCAGCCAUAGUCAGCAUUCAUGGGGCACUAGUUCAACUUGGCCUAAAUAACAUUCAAGUCUCAACACCUAAUUCUUUAGCUGUACUUGCCCAAUCAUUCCCUCCUUCAGCAGGUAGUUUCAAAAGUGAGGUCUCGGGAGUCAUGUCACAAUUUUUGCAAUUUUUGUCCAGCACUAAGGCACCUUUUUGGAUCAAUGCAUACCCAUAUUUUGCUUAUAAGGAUGACCCUAACAGGGUCCCCUUGGACUAUGUUCUUUUUAACCCUAAUUCAGGCUUGGUUGAUCCCUACACCAAGCUACACUAUGACAAUAUGCUGUAUGCUCAAGUAGAUGCUGUUAUUUUUGCUAUGGCUAGAUUUGGUUAUUAUGAAAUUGAGGCUAGGGUAUCAGAGACUGGGUGGCCAUCAAAAGGGGACCCAAAUGAAGUUGGUGCAACCAUUGAAAAUGCAGCAAUCUAUAACAGAAAUUUACUGAGAAGGCAAUUGGAGAAUGAAGGGACACCUUUGAGGCCUAAUAUGAGGCUAGAAGUUUAUUUGUUUGCUUUAUUCAAUGAAGAUAUGAAGCCUGGGCCAACAUCAGAGAGAAACUAUGGUCUCUAUCAACCUGAUUGUACCAUGGCUUACAAUUUGGGGCUCUCUGCCCUUUCAAGUCCUUCAUCAACAUCAUCAGCUUCCAUUUCUCUCACUUCGUCUGCCACUAAGGCUUCAAACAAGGAAUAUGAUCAAAGCUUGCUGUAUUGGAUGUUUGUGUAUUUGCUGACCUUCCAAGUUUUUAUGAGAAGACCAUUUUAAGCAAUUGGAGUCCAAAUGUAUAUAUUCAUGUUUUAUAUAUAUUGCAUUUUGGUAAGAAACAUAGGGGUCGAUCUUUAAUUUCCCUUUCUUGUACUUCCCAACCAUCAAAUUACAAGAGAGACACCCCCAUAACCAUACCAAACUAAGGAAUUUGCACCGAGUUAACCAUAUAUUUCUUGAAAAAAUGUGGAUAAUUGCUUCACAACUAUAUAAAUGAUUAACCUGGCCAUAUCUUCAUCAACAUUCUUCAGAAAUGAAUCCCAAGAAAA